AUGAAAUCUCUCCUUUUUCUUGCACUUACUAUUAAUCUGACAUCAGCAGCUACUCACUCUCUGCAGUACCACCACACUGCAGUGACUCCAGGAAUAAACUUGCCAGAGUUCUCUGUGGUGGGUCAGGUGGAUGGAGAGCAGGUUGUGUACUAUGACAGUAACAUCAGGAAGAUGAUCCCCAAAACAGGCUGGAUAAAGAAGGUUGAGGCUGAUGAUCCAGAUUACUGGAACAAAGAGACCCAGAUUAGUCAGAGUCAUCAGGGGACCUUCAAAGCUAAUGUGGCUACAGCAAUGCAGCGCUUCAACCAGACUGAAGGAGUUCACACAGUGCAGUGGAUGUACGGCUGUGAGCUGCAUGAUGAUGGUACCAAGAGUGGAUACAUGCAGUUCGGUUAUGAUGGAGAAGACUUCCUCAGUCUGGAUCUGAACACUGCCACCUAUGUUGCACCUAAUCCUAAAGCUCUAAUUAGCAAAAUCAGGUGGGAUGCUGCAAAUGAAGGUGCAAGGAUGAAGAACUACCUGGUGAAUGAAUGUAUUGAUUGGUUAGAGAAGUAUGUGGGUUAUGGCAGAUCCAGUCUGGAGAGGAAAGUCUCUCCUGAGGCGUCUCUGUUCCAGUGGGACUCUUCUUCUCCAGUGGUGUGUCAUGCUACAGGUUUCUUCCCCAAAGCAGUGAUGAUCUCCUGGCAGAAGAAUGGAGAGGAUCUGCAUGAGGACGUGGAGCUCAGAGAGACGCUACCCAACCAGGAUGGAACCUUCCAGAAGGGGAGCGUUCUGACUGUCUCACCUGAGGAGCUGAAAAAGAAUGAAUACAGCUGUAUCAUUCAACAUCCUGGAAUGGAGAAGGAGAUGAUGCUGCAGGCGUCUGAUCGCAGAAUCCUGUCAGACAGAGGCUCACAUGGAGGCUUGUUUGGUGUCGUCAUCAGUGCAGUCCUGGCUGUUCUCCUCCUCUUUUCACUGUGGAAGAUGAUGAAGGAGUCCGGUAAGGAAAAGGAAGCUGCACACAACUGUCUCUAUGGAGACACACAGAGGUCAGACAUAUGUGCGGCUGCAGUUUGA